AACAGUUCAGCGUAAUUAUCGAUUGUUUUAUUGGUGUUUGGCGCUUUCUAUGUGGCCACGUUAUUAUUUAUAUUGGAAAUAAAGCUGCCCAUCAAUUCAUAAAAUUAGUCGGACAAUAGAGUGAAAGAGUGAAAACGGACUAAUUAUACAACUAAGGAGAAAUAACUGUUUCUCCAUAUAGACAUGUAAAUAACGUUCAGUAAAUUUUCUACCUUGGAACCCCUGGACGUUGAAGAUGCUCCAGAAAAUCGACCUAUUUACCCCUUUUUUAAAUGAUCGACGGUUGAGAAAACAUCACUUUGCCGCCCGAAAUCCAAUCGAGAUGAAACUGCUGGAACUAGAGUUAAACGACAUCGCUAACUGCCCACACGCUCACUUGGAUUUUCAAUUUGAUUCCAUAUCAACAUUUCUCAUACGGGGUGAGUUCAAGUCUGACGUUCUUCAGUUGGCUUUGGAGUUGGUUUGCACCACUAAAUACGAUUCAUUUGAGAAGCUUGGAAGUAUAUAUCCAAGAAUAAGAAAUGGAAAAAUCAGAAUUAAGUUCAUUUUACCCCUGCCUGAGAUAGAAGGAGGUACAACGAAUGGAGCUGUUGAUAGCAGUGAUAGUGAAGCUCCAUGCACAUCAAGGGAAGCGCGGGAAAGAGCUUUCAGGAGAAAUCAAAGCAGGGCAAAGGAACAAAAAGAUAACUUUACAUUAGUUACGGCGACGCGGGAUUUCUACUCUAAUCCUCAUGUAAUUAGUUACGCCGAGGGUGAUGGUGAAGUUAAAACAUGUUCAGCUGAUGUAUUUCAUUCGCGAUUUUUCAACUGCACGGAUAUAAUAUUCCCACGACUGGCUGACUUGCAGAAUGGCGACUGUGUAGAUGGCCGCUGGAUGGAUAUUAUUAGUUUGGAUUUUGUGGGUGGUAGAAUGAAAUUGAAGGAUUACAUCGUUCAGUUUUGUGAGCUUUACGCAAAACGCAAAGUUGAGAUUCAACAUGAAUUGGGCUCUAUAACAACCGCUGCUCUAAAGGGCCGAAGUUCGGUAAACAAAAAUAGAAUAGUAUCAUUUGUGUACAUUUUACAGGAUAUACGUUGUAUUUUUGAGUACAUAUCCUGCUCCACUUACACAGUCUGGUUUUUGCUUCCCACAAAUUACGGACAUCUUCAGGAUAUUAAGGAAAUAAACGAUGUGGGAGACAUUUCGGAGAAUAACAUAAACUUCAAUUUGAUUAGAACUCAGCUGCAACUGAUUGGUUCAACCACGUCUCACAAAUUUCCAUGGACAGAGGCUGAAAUUUACAUUAAGCAACUGUUCCUCGUCGCAGUACAGCUAGCGUUUGGUUAUCACUUCCGCCAGAAUUUAAUAUUUCUACACGACUUGGAGGAGUUAGCAAUUCACCAAAAUUUUGAGUAUUUCAAAGCUGCCUUCAAACUGAGUCGCAGAGGGUGCCCACAGGUUAUAGGAAAAAAUUAUAUAAAGAGAAUCAUAGAUGUUUGUCUAAAAAGUGGCUUGACAUGCAUUUUGGAUUAUAGAGGCGGGGAAAUAUUCGAUGUGGAAAAGGUUGUUGUUAUAGAAUGUAAGAAAGUUGAAGACUGCACCUAUUACACCAAAAUACCUUGGUCACUCCCAAUGCAAUUUAAUGCCAACGAAAUAGCGAAUUAUAUACGCAGAGCAACAGAGGAAGCAAAGGAAGGUAAUCAAUAAAUCUAAUCUAGUAUUCCAAACAAAUCCAUCAGUGGAUUUUUUACUCUUAUACGAAUAAUUAUGAGUUUAACAAUUCUAAUUUUUUCUAUAAAAACAUUCUCUACUACUCUUACAUUCCAAUGAAUUACUUUCUAUCAUUUUUCAAUAAUUUUGUACAUCGAAACCAUUGCGCUUCACAGCCCCAAUUAAAAUUAUCUAUUUGUGAAUUGUAUAUUAAAGUUGAUUUAUAUUUUGUUUUCCAUAUAUUUGUUCUUGCAACUUUUGAUCUGCGUGCGAUUUUUUGAAUUGAAGACAAACUUUUAGUGUUUUAGCCACAUUAUUCGUCCAUAUGUUAGUGAAUCUCUUCGGAAUUUAAACAGUUUUAACUUUAUACGAAAUGGAAACUUGGCAGCAUGAACAGUUUUCUUUCCAAAAAUUAUCACGUAGGCUCCACUAUUUAGAACAGAAAACAGUAUAUCUUCUGAAGAUUCAGUAUAUCAACGAAUUACUUAAUCUCAAGUUCUUUAAAUAAAUACGAAACUGGAAAUGAUUUUACAGUUACUGUCGAUCAUCUUAUUCAAUGAUGCCCAAGUGUAGAUAUGCACAGGAUUGGAUUGUAUAUUUUAUAGACGUUGGAGCAUGAAAAUGGACGGAAUGUUUCGAAACUAAUACACAACUGGAAAUGAUUUUAUAGUUAUUGUCGAUCAUCUUAUUCAAUGAUGCCCAAGUGUAGAUAUGCAUGGAUUGGAUUGAGCAUGAAAAUGGACACCAACCGAUCAUAACAACAACCUUUACAAAGUCCUCGUUUCGAAUAUAAAAAUUAAUACAUUAGGUGGUGGAAUAAAUCUGAAAUUGUCGAUAGAUCUUACUAUACAAAAAUGUUGCUCAAAACAUUAGUAUUAUUACUAAUACUGAACCAGUUCGGAAUCUAGGUCAAACCAGUUAAAAAGUAUCAGUCGGUUUAGCCGACAGAUGUGUAUACACUCAGCCAAUGUUCGAUUAUUUAAAUAUAUUUUGACUUCUGUUCUGAUUGUUCAAAUUGUUGACCCUCUAUGAAUUAUGUUCCGAAGGAAUGGGCCAAUAUUGUCCAUUUCGUGUCGGGCCUAAAUAUGAUAUAAAAAUUACGACGUGGCUAAGGAUUUGCAAAGUUGGAGUUUUUUUUUGGAAAAUUGGACCGAUGUUCCCCAUCUCCGAACUCGAUCUAAGUAGUAUAAUUAUCAAGCAAACGAUGUACCAAGUUUAGACCAAAUGUAAUAAUACUUUCGAAUCGCUAGAUCGAUUCCAAAUGUCCUGAAACUAGGGUCUAAAACCCCUUACUUCGAUAAGGCACGUUUUGGCCGUAUUCAUAUUUAUUUUAUUUUAAACACAGUAGACCGUAGUCGAAGUAUUAACUUCAUGUAAUAUAAAAUGUACGACUAUGACAUAUUGUUUAAUACAUUCUAUAGAUCAGAGAACCGAAUUUGUAAUAUGGGAAAAUGUCGAAAUAGAUUGUUAAAAAUCUUUAAAAAUUAAAAUUUAAUCUUUCCAUAUUUUGAAAUGAGACCAAUUUUUAGUAUUCAUCGGAAGACAAACUUCCUAAUAAUAAUAUGUUAGUAUAUCGUCCUAUGGGUCAACGUAAAUGCCGGCGAUGUGGAUGUAUUAUGGAAUGAGACUUCUAAUUUCGUGUAAACAUUGAUUUUCGAACAUCGAUUUGUAUUGUUCGAUAUUAGUGCGAUAAUCUCUUCAAUUCUUGUGAGGACAUAACCACUGGGACAAAGGCAUCGCAUUUUGUGCAAGUGGUGUUACAAUUGUUAUAAGGAUCCCUUUGCAUUAGCAAAUAUUUCAUCCAAAUAUCGUUGCUGUCGUCCAAUUUCUUUGAAUUACAAUUAGAAAUGUGGAAGUAUUUGUUUGAUAUAUAUACAUUUCCUGGCCCAGACCUCUGUCUAUAUGCAUUCCGAAGUUCCAAUUUCAGUUCAAAAUUUUGCCUUUCUAGCUUAUGGACAUGUUGUACAAGUGCAUCCUUUGACCUCUUGAGAAUACAGUCGGCAUGAGGUUUUUGUAAAUUCUGCUCAAAGUUUGUUAGUGUUUUAAUUUGUUUGUACAAUUCUCU